AUGAAUAAGACCAUCGGAGGUCGUACUACCACUGGCAAGUCUCUAUUCCUCAAACGUAUUUCGCAGAACUGCCAUUGUGGUACUGUACAACGCUUCGGUGAUCACUCGCAAUUCUUUCUACAAGACCUCGUUGCCAAGGCCCUAAAUCUAAUGGAAGAUCCCCGCAUCACCAUACAAACUGUUAACGAUUUUAAAGAAUUACUCGGCGGUAGUCCAUUCGAUAUACACGUCAAACAUUCACCUGAUGUUACGCCCCUACGCCUACCUGUUUUAAUUUCAACCAAUCACAGUCUAGGCACCUAUAUCAACUCCGUCGACGCUGCCGCUAUAUAUGAACGCCGCCACACAUUCAAAUUCACUGUUCGUGUCGGCUCACCUGAACUGCGUAAACCAGGGUAA